UAUUAAGCUACUAAAUUACAACCUCGUCAAAUGAACUCAAAAAAAAAUAAGCAAAUAAAGAACUUUAAAAAUAAAUAUGAUUUCUUCUUCAGAACCCAAGAAUCAUUAUUCAUUUAUAAUUGAGACAUGAUAAAGGAAAGCAGAAAAGGCCAAUAUUGUACUAUAAACUUCGAUAUUCCAACAUAUUCACUUGAUGGUAGCAACCGAUUUAGGAUAUUUCAUGUAAAUGAGUACGAUGUCAGAAUGCCGCGCAGUCUCUGAACCGUCCAACAUUAUUUAUGAAGAGGAAGCCAAGUAUCUUUCCAAUGGAAUUGGGAUCAAAUCCACCACCAUUUAUAAUUUAACUAAAUCGUGCGUCGAAGCUUUUGAUGUCAACGGAAAUAUCCAAGGUAUCAACUGGGGUCUUCCUAAAACAUUAUUCCUAAUGUACAAAUGGUACAUAACAUCGGAGGAUCUAAUGGACAUUUUCGCCAACCUGUAUGAAGAUCAGAAGCAUUUCUGCAAAUGUCAAGUCACAUGUUCCCACGCCCGUGACAACAAGGGGUGCCACCUAAGUUUAUUCAAUUUCAGGCUAUGCUACGCGUUAAGAUUUUGGAUAAUUAAUCAAUCACAGGAUUUCGAAUCGAACGCAAAUUUGAAAUAUAAAAUGGCUCAAUUCAGAGAAAAGUUGUCGCAGGAAUGGAACGAAGAAAGUCUCGGGCUGAUAGAUUUAUACUUAAUAUCAUCGAACUAUUGGAUGAGAAAUAAAUCUUUUAAGCCCUUAUUCAGCGCCGCUGACACGUAUCAAAAGGUCUCCCUAGCAUUCAACGAUAUAGAACCGAAGGAAUUCGCGAACCAUUUUACUUAUCUAGACUACAAAGAAUGUCGGAAGAUAACUUUCGAGGAAUUCAAAAAUUAUGCAACAAACUCGGACGUGGAAAAAUGCCCGAAUUUGAGAAAUUCUAUCGCCUUAUUCAACUCCCUGUCUCAUUGGAUUCAAUGCAUGAUUUUAAACAAAACUAGCCCCGAGGAUAGGGCUAAAAUUAUCACGAAAUUUGUCCACGUGACUAAGGAGCUACUAGAAAUAAACAAUUAUAAUACGCUGAUGGCAAUUGUGGGCGGAUUGUUGCAUAGUUCAAUUGCAAGGUUGAGCAAAACGACCUCGUAUUUGUCCGAUGAAACGAAAGAUGCGCUGAGAGACUUUUCCGAUAUGCUCUCAUCCCAAGGCAAUUUCCAAAAUUAUAGGCGCGAAAUUAACAAAAUUUUACUUCCGGAAAAAAACGAUUUGCUAAGAUUUGACAAGGAACCCUCUAGGUCAGGCGGCAUAACUAAUUCCGCUUUAAAGUUGUCGACAAGCGAAUACGUGACAGGUGACAAAGUUUUAACUUAUUCCAAUUUUUUACAGCCAUCAUAUGGUUUUGAUUUAAACGAUACGCUAACGAGUGAAGAAAUCAUCGUCGCGGAUAAGAUUCUCCCGCCGCUAAUUUCAAAAUGCGUUGCGGACCCUAGAAUAGAGAUAUCAAGCGAGGAUGUUAGCAAACACAAAGCCCUUUCAGCUCCAAAAAUUUCGCUUUCGUCUAAUAAUUGCAAAAAUAGUUUAAGAGAAGAGUCAUUUAAGGAAGAUGUCAUAAGCGAAAAUAAACAAAAAUUGCCCCUCAUAAGAUUGACGGGAAAUAAAAACUUUUGCUCAUUCCCCGAAACGAUUGAUAGAAAUAGUCAUUUCAAGGAUAGUUGUCAACCAUCCUUGCCAUUAAAUGAUAGGCACCUGACAGGGGCACCUUUCAGAAUACCCAUAUUGGGAAUUCAUCUCAAAGAUUUGAUAUCGAUCAACGCGGCCCACCUAGAUUAUACGUAUCCCGAGGGUGGCAUGAUUAACGUUCGUAAAAUGUUCCAAAUGUAUCCGAUUAUGAAUGAAUUGACUGGACUUAAAAAGAAUGAUUUUCCGCUUCUAACCGAUAUCGAUUUAAUUAACACUCUUCGACUAACGCUAGAUAUGCAUUUUAGCGAAGAAGAUAUAUACGAACUUUCCUUGGCGAGAGAACCGCGCAAUAUGAACGAAUCAAACGACGAAGAUUCGAAUGGCAAAAUGAUAGAGCAGCAUCAAGUUUUCGCGGAAUGGGCAUCUGACAUCAAGCCUGCUCCCGAUUGGGAUACAUUAAACCUGCAUAUCAACGCGAUGGUUGAGGCAGUGUUCAAAAACUACGAUUUCGAUAAAGAUGGUUACAUAUCCCAAGCCGAAUUCAUAUCCGUUACCGAAAAUUUUCCGUUUAUCGACUCUUUCGCUGUAUUAGACAUUGAUAAAGACGGAGUUAUUAGCAAGGAAGAACUGAAAAAGUAUUUUUACCGCGCCAACUGCCACGCAUUUAAAAGUGGCUUCAAACACGAAUUUCGCGAGACCACCUACUUCAAGUUAACAUUUUGCGUCCACUGCACUGGAUUGCUAUGGGGACUUAUAAAACAAGGCUAUCGGUGCAAAGAUUGCGGUAUAAACGCCCAUAAAAGUUGCAAAGAAGUAGUGGUUAUAGAGUGCCGUUCAAAGACAUGCAAAUCGAUUACCAACAAUUCUCACCGCUCAUAUUCAUUCGCCGGGACCGAUAAAAGUAUAGAUACCAAAAGGAAGACUUUUGUCCACGAUGUUUGCGUGGAAAAUAGCGAUGACGUAAUAGGCAAAAUAGAAAAAGAAUCUUUCUUCUCGGAUAGCGUCACGUGUAAAAAAACGAAAACCGCGAUUCCAUAUUUGAGGAGUCACAAUGAAGCGAAAAAAAGUUUGUCCAGCAGCUGUUUUUCGUUAAGGAAUAACGAAACGAACAACCUUUUACGCGCGAAUAACGUCUACUUCUUAAACAAUUCCGUCGAUAAAAUCGAUAAGGGUAUCAGUAAAAUGAAUUUCCUAAAUUCUCUCGAUACUAAAGGCGCGGAAAACUAUUCGUUAAAAGUGUGCCAGCUUCAAUUUACGACUGAACCAUUUAUGAAUUAUAAUAAUACAAAUAAUUUAUCCACUGCCACUAAAGGUGAACUGGGUGAAUACAAUCUUAUCUCUCCAAUGUGUCAAAAGCCUCAGUUACAUAAACAAUGUGCGAUAACGUCCAGUAUAUUUGAAUCCAUUAACGAGAAACAUCCGAAGUUUACAUAUUCGUUUGAUAAACAGCAACAACCACUCAAAACCAAUUCGGAUAUGUGGAAGAAUGAUUUCCUCAAAACCUUACCUUCCGACGAGAUGCUGGAUGAUGUAGUAUCGAAAACUCCGAAAUCCAUAAGUAAUUCCGAAAAAUUCUCCCAAACCGAAAUACAGUUAGUAUUAGACGGAUAUGAUGUCAAUGACGAAGAAGAAGAACUUAAAGAUAUCUACAUUGAUGCUAAGAAAGAUAUUUGUCAAUCGUACCCUUCUUCCAGGAAUCAAAAUUCUACAUCGCUCAAUUCCAGAUGCAGAGAUAUAUUCAGAUCGUCGAAUUUGGUGCAUUUAUUUAUAAAAAACAUAAAGUCGCAUAACCACAAUUCCAAUAUCGGUGAUAGGAACGCAUUAGCUAUCGAUAAAGUUUAUUCUUUGCAUAGUAAUAUUUCCUGUACCAAUCAUAGCGAUCCAUCUAACGUUAAACGUACGCUUUCCCACAAUAACAACGAUAAACAACACGAAAUGAUAUCAUCAUCCGAACAUAAAGAGACGCAAACGGAAGUGGUUAUCAAUUAUAAAUCAGGAAUUUUAGAUCCUCAAGGAAACCUCAUCAUAUCCGUAACUGAUAAUAUUAAUAAUAAUUACGAUGAAUACCCAAAGGAGAACAGGUAUACAAGCUCGAGAAUUCUAAAUAUUAGCAAGGAGGAUGUAACACUAUUAAGAUCUAACAACCAAUCUUCCCUCCCUUUAAAUGAUAUCUUGACCAACAUUGCAAAUACAUUUAAGAAUACCGUUGAGGCUUCGCACUCAAAAGUAUUUACCGACUCUAAGGAACCAGUUACAGUUACUUAUAAGGCGAAUAUUAAAAAGCAAUUCUCCCUAUCAAUUCCAUCGCGUAUUGCCAGGCUAUCUUCCAGAGGCCCUGCUGAUAGUAACAAACGCAAACUUAACGACACUAUUACAUCCGACACUCCAACAUUCAGCACUGCUUCUAGAAGGAUUAAAGGUUUUUUUAGCUCACGUUCCUUUAGCAAAACUAAUUUAUUCCAUGACAAAUCAUCUUACCAACCAUUACCUAACACAAAUGAGAACAAAUGAUAAUGAUUAUAACUUAAAUAAAUCUAAGAUUCAUUAUUGGGGGUUUGAUGUAAGAGGUUGGUGAGUAAAAAAUGUUAUACGCUUAACUGUGAUACUAAAAAUCUUCAACAUUGCCAAGACUUUCUUCAUGUUGGACAUGAUUCGCAUUUUAUAA